GACGCGGUACGGCGCUGGCCUGGAGACGUUCGUGCUGGCUCGUGCCGACCGACAAAGACGGUGACGACGACGACUGUGACGGCGAGCGAGCGCUCGCUCCGUUCUCGCGACAAGCGGGGAAAAAAAGAGAGAGGAGAGAGAGAGGAUGCACCGCCGCGCUUCCUUCGCGCCGUGAAUCCCCGCGGCGCGCGCGGGCGGCCGUGCACCCGCGUGCGAUUAAUCGUCAGGCCGUCUCGCGGCCCCGUCACCGUCGCGUCGCGCAUCUGCUCGUCUGCACUCGCACACGUCGCGGACGCCGUAGGAAGGAAAGGGGUUAUGAGGCGCCAACGGCACCGUCGUGGUCGCGCUGUCAGACGAUAUUUUUCCAUUCUUACCGAGACCGUACGCGGCCUGGCGGCUCACCAUGGCGGAGAAGUGCAAGGAAUGCGGCUGUAAGUGCGGCACCUGCGGCCAGGACAGUCAGCAGCACUGCGACAUGCAUCUGCACGCGGAGAUAGAGAACCUGCGCCAGCGGCUGCUCGAGAGGGACAACCACAUCGUGACGAUGGAGACGCAGUUCCUGAACGAGGCCGACAAGUUCCCGAACGGGGAGCUGGCCUCCAUGAAGGAGGAGCUGUCGAUUUGGCAGGAGAAGUACUCGCGCCUGCACGAGGCGCACAAGAGGGUGCAGAAGGUCAAUCAGAAUCUGGAGGACAAGCUGCUGCGGAUAGUGGACAAGUGCGAGACGGAGAAGAGUGCCUUCACCAAGGACAUAGCGACUCUGUCUCACAGAUUAGCCGAUGCGAAUUACACGAUACAUCGAUUAACUCAAGAUAAUGAAAAGUAUAGAAACGACGUUAGUUUGGCUAUCCAAUUGCUUCAGUGCAAGCCUUCCAACUUCGUGGGUCAGAAAUACGAUUCGCUGCCUUCCGAGGUGCAGGCUAAAGUGCGGACGUACGUCGCGCAGAAGCGGUGUCCCGCGCAGGACACGGCGCAGCCGGAUGUGAAGAGCAUCACCGUGCCGAUAUCCACGUUUCCGCCGACGGCGAUGGUGUACAAUAUCACCAAGCCUACGGUGGAGAAGCACAGCGACGAUGACAGCGACGACAGCAAGCCGCCCAUGGAUAUGGUGUCGGCGGCGAUUAUGGCGAAGGUGCUGGAGGACCGCGAGAAAGAGAGAAUCUUCGCCAAGCACUGCGACACGUGCACGUGUCACAGAAGCAUCCUCACGGUGGACACGGAGACGCAGACGUACGUGCCCGACACGUUCCCGAUCUCCGACAAUUAUACGUACAGCUUCGAGAAGCAGGCGUCGGAGGGUAAGCCGAGCGACGACAAGUAUCAGAGCAAGGACAAGCUCCAGUCGAGUAUCGCGACGCAUACGGUCUUCUACGAGAUCAACGAGAACGGCAACAAGAUUCGCCAUCACAUGAACGGCGAUUACGUCAAAUACGCCUCGCAGGUGCCGUGCAUCAAGGACAAGUUCGUCGGCAGGAGCAGUAGAAACGGGCAGGACUACACGGUGGAGGAGAACGGCGUCGCUACGAGAGCCAGUCUGAACAAGAAGAACUCGUCGCAGAAUCACGAAAACAAGCACUCGUCGUCGUUCUCGAGAUUAAACGACCUUAACAGAAUAAACGUCGACAAGACGACCAAACCGCUCAGGGCCAACAAGUGCGAGUCUCCGCUCGAUAACAGAUCCGCCAAGUAUUGGAGCAAGAGCGAGAGGAGCUACUACGAACCUCUCGGUAGCGAUUACUUGGCGCGCGGGGACAAUCGGCUCUCCGACAAGGAGCAGAUGCACAUCGACAUCAUCAACGACAGGCUGUGGAAGAACGAGUGGACGAGGCUCAAGUCCGAGACCAACUCCUCGAGGGAGAACGGGUGCAAGGCGAGUCGCGGUAUCGAGCUCGAUAUAAUCAACGAUCGCGAUUGGAAGAACGACAGGUCGGCGGAGCGGCAAGACGCGCGGAACGCUGCGCAGUUCACUGUGAUCGAGGUCAAGAGUCCGGACGGCAACGCGGCGAAUAACAACGACGGUAGUCAGACGGAGGUGACGACCAGCCCGAGCUUCAGCAGCGACAGCAUGGUCAUCUCCAGCUCUGAUCCGUCCAGCAGCUGCAGUGACGUCGCGCAAUCGCUGACCGGCGGUGCCUUCAAUUCGAGCGUAAAGUCCAACUCGAAUCAGGAUCGCGUGACCGGUCCGCGAAACUGCCUGGUCCGGGUCACGCCCGGCUCCAAGAAUAUCCUGCUGGACAACGCCGGUCACUACAAGACCGUAUUGUAUAGCAAUGGCAGUGGUAGUGGCGGCGGCGGCGGCGGCGGCGGUAGUGGCGGCGGUGGUGGCAGCGGUAAAGUCAACACCGCCCUGGUGCACGCGAAGAAGACGUCUCGAGCCGGUUCCGAGCGUUCGACCGGCAGCGAGGACAAUUCGCCGCCGCCGGUGUUGCUGCAGGACAAUCAACUGCAACGAGUGGCCGAAUGGGUGCAGUCGUCGAUGUGCGUGGAGAAUUCCGCGUCGCACGAUAGCAAUAAGAGCAAGUGCACGGAGAACGUUGCGAGUGACAAUUUGUCGUCCGUGUAUCCGAACGAUUCUCUUGUUAAGCGCAAAUCCGCAGAGCACAACGGAGGUCUGACACGCGACGUUCGAGACGUGGCGAAGAACGUCGAGGAUUACAGCGAGAGGGAUGUAAAUAACGAGCUCGUUGACACCAACAUCUUGUCCGAACGUACGGACGAGAGCGAAAAUCUCAUAACGUUCGAGGACGAGCAUCUGCUGAAGGAUUUCCCCCAGGAUCUUGAUUACGAGGUGAAGAUCACGAAGGAGAUGGAGGAGACGUAUCUGAAGCUGGCGGCGAGCCUGGACCCGGUGACCCUGAGCCUGUCGAGUACCAGUAAUGCCGAAUUGACGAUCGAGAAGUACAGGAAGGAUCACAAGAAGCUUCACACGCAGAGACUUCAAGAUAAGGCGGGAUCAAAAGCUUAACGCGUAUCUCAGCGAAUUCUUCGAAGACAAUUGAACUAUAUCAAGCAGGGAGUUCCUUUAAAGAUAUAAACAGAGCGUUAUUUUUUGUAACUAUAUUGAAGUAAGGCUGUACCAACACGAAGUAGUAUAGGGAAAAGAAUUCCUACGUGCCGCUGCAGGUGAAUCGGUUUGCGUUUGCGUCCGCGAGCGAGAUGCGGUAGGUUGAUUUUAAAGCGGGAGGAAAUUUAACCGGAGGUAAAAUUAAAUGCAACACGGUAGUCCGGUCGUAAAGCGUCAAUUACGUAAUUAAUAAUUUACAGUAACUUUGGAUCAACGACACUGAGUCACGCAGGAAAUUGCCGUUAUUUUAAGAUACGAUUGCGCUUCUUAUCAACAAUCUAUAUUUCGCAGUCACGAAAACAAGAUUAUCUCAACCUCAUUUGUGACUCUCUGCCUGUUUAUUUGUCUUGCCUGUGUGAUCUUCCUUCGCAUGCUUCUCUCUUUGGCAUGUCGGCUAAUAUUAGGUGGUUGCGUAUGAAACCGUCCAUUUUUUAGCGAAAGAAGUAGAGUGAUUUGAUAGCAAAUCGACAAACUGGUUUAUUCAAAGUAUUGCCCGUUGGAACAGACAACCUUGGCCCAUCUUUCGGCCCAACAAUCCGAUUCCACGCAGGAAGAAUUCGGGUUCUUUGGAAGCAAUCAAUCGUCCAGUUAUUUUUUUUACUUUUUCACACGAGGCGAAGUGCUGUGCUGUAAGCACUGACUGCAUCGACCGGAAUGGAAAUCAGAGGAAGCGAUGUUUGGGGAAUACGGUGGGGUAGGAUUUUCCAGUUCACUCCUAAGUACUUCUUAGAUUUAGUUAAGCAACACGCGGGCUGGCGUUGUGCUGCAAAAUCAACUUGUCAUGGCUAUUGUUCUAUUCCGGCCUCUUCUCGGGCAGAGCUCACUUCAAACGGAUCAAUUGCAGUCGAUAACGAUCUCCAGUGAUGGUAUUUCGCGUCCUCAAAUUUUUUGGGUGGAUUUCCGCGAUCCUUGCUGUCCACAGAGACACUUCGGAAGCGGCGAAACCACUCUUUGCACGUUGCACUCGAUGGAGCAUGUUCGGCAUACACCUUCCUCUAGCAAGCGAUACGUUACCGCGGGCGAUUUCUUUGCCAGGAAAUAAUGGAGCAUAACUUCCCGCAAAUGUGACUUAGUUGGAACAAAACUUGCCGUUGUAAACGUAAUCAAAAUAGACGAUGUUAGCGCGUCGCACAAAUGUCACUUAUGGCGCGUUGUCGGGACUCUGUAAACCUGUAAUAAUGUCUAUUGCCAGCUUUCAACUCGAAGAAAUAGUGUAUCUAACACCAUCUUUUGCCAACGGACGGUUUCAUAUGCAACCACCCAAAAAUUACUCAUUUUCGCAAUGUACAUAAUAUAUAUGUAUAUAGUUUAAGCUCGAGGCAUAUUUAUUUUAGCUAAUAUCAAUGUUAAUUUAUUCCAUCUUGUGUUAGGCUAAUUAAGCUAGAGUAAAUAAAGCCGAAAUACUUGAGAGCAAUUAUUAACAUAGAAAAAAUAAUAUUAAAACGUGCCGUGUUGCAGUUAGAUUUACUGAAUAUUAAUUUUACUUGUACCAGAAUUACACACAGUCAGUGGAUGUAUUUAAUCAAUUAAUUUUACGACUGAAAAAUAUGAAUAGCUAAUAUGUAUAUAUAUAUAGGUACAUAUAUUUUCUUUCCCCCUAGUUUGAAACGCGGACACGCGCGCGAUUGAAAACAUAGAAACGACAAUAUUAUGAUUAACUUGCGGUACACCCGGAGAAUACAUAUUCCCGCGGACGUUAUUUUACGAAGCCGUGCUAAUUUCACCUCACGAUGUAUUAAAUAUCCACGUUUAUGCCAUACCAAAGCUAGGUCAAUUGCGAUAAGGACACUUUAAUCCUUUGAGCCCGGGAAUUAUUCUCGCGGCGCAAACAUACGUAAACGCUAAAUAUUUAAGAUAAGCAAUUCCUAAUAUACUCAGCUUUUAUAUAACGUCGCAGCAAGAUCUCCAGCGCCGCUGCGCCAUGGAUGGUAUCAGGGUUCAAAGGAUUAAACGGUCAUUUAGUUUUAGCCCGUCUGUCGAUGCCACCAGUAAGCAUAAUUUGGCAAUUCACCGCCGCGUUUACCGGCGCCCGUGAUUUUGUAAGAAUCCAGCGAUAACGUGAGCCGUUCAACGGAGAAGUUGCGUUAAGCUCGCGUUGGAAUUGUUAUAUGAGAAAUAAUCGCGUCUGGUUUUAUUAAGUGAACUCUCUAGGCUCAAAGGAUCGAGGGAGACUUGCUACUUCGCGUAAGUUUAAUUUAGACUGAUUUGUACAGCGGAGGGUUGCCUCCGAGCGCUUCAGUAACUUCAGUAAUCGUAGCCUCGCCGAUACUCUUAUCGUACGCUCGACAAAAAUGUUUUAAAAUAGUCGAAUGGAAACCCUGUU